GACAUUCAGUGUUGAACUUUAAGUGAAGAAAUAACUAAAAUAAUUAAAAUGGAAGUCAAAAAUAUUUUUCUGAUAUUUUCUGCUCUUCUUUUAUUAACAAAAACUUGCAAUGGAAGAUUCGUUGUGAGUGUCAUCGAAUAUGAAUUUGGCAAUAUUGAGACAGCAACUGUUAAGUGUGGUGGAACGAUCAUAUCGAAUCGAAAUGUUCUGACAACUGCUGCUUGCGUGAACGUUACAUCGCCAGAUCUAAGCAUUGGUGUUCAAUAUCUCGCUUUUAAUGGAACUGCUACGGUUCCAAUAAGACAUCGGGCAACUGUAAGAAUUCAUCCAGAUUUUGCUAGCAAUAGAGAAUACAACGUGGCUGUUUUAGAAAUUGAAGGAUCGUUCGGUGAUGGUUUUGAAUCACUUUCUCUUGGUGCUUUGAAUGACAGUCAAUCAUGUUUCCUUUAUGGAUGGGGAGGGGGAAAUGGACCUGCAGAUCCUCGACGAGAAUCAGUGACUGUGAAUGGUCCAGACUCCUGCCCUGGUGACAACACACAAGCUUACUGUUCGCGUUUUGGUUUCUUCGAAGCCCUUGCUCGUUGUCCCGGUUUAUUGCCAGGUUCACCUCUCGUUUGUGGGGAUGAACGUGUUGUUAAUGGGAUGGUUUUGAAUGGCGGUUGCAGUGCUGCCCAACCUUAUCUCUAUUACCAUUCCAUUGAAGAUUUCAGUUCAUGGAUCCUUUGGGAAACUGCUGGUGCUGAGAUGACUACCAAAGUGUCGGGUUUCCUUCUUUUUGCUGCAUUGUUGACAUGUUUGAAAAACAUUUUAUAAACAAUUUGCUGUUUUAAACUCGAAAUAAAUUUACUGACGUUCAAAAAAGUUCAUUCCUCAAUAAUUCACUUUACAGGAAGUUUAGUAAUUUACAAUUAUCAAUUUU